GGGACCUCUGGGCUGUUUCACCUGGCUGGGUAUUGCUUUCUAGGGAGGGAGGGAGAGGAGGCUGGAAAGGGGAGAGAGACACAGACAGACAGACAAGCUUAGGGACGAACAAGUGGAAAUUGAGACAUGGGGAGGGAACGGAAAACCUGACCGAGAAACAGGCCAGCAGAGGGAGACAGACUGACAGCUGAGAUGCCGAGGAGGUCCCGAGAUGCUGCCUGUCACCCGGGAGGCAGUUUCCCAACUGUUCCGACCCUCCCGGGGCUGCCAGAUCCCCGAGCCCGAGUGCACGCACGUGCAGCCCGUGGUGAGGGCACAGGGCGGGUAGGCUGUUGGCACGUGAAGUCGCCGUCAGCCCUGAGGGACGGUGAGCGAGUUGGGACUUGGGGGAGAAAAAAAAAAUGGGGGCGGACGUCAGCUCCCUGGGCGGCCGCCUCCCCGAGGCCCCUCCUGCAUUCCUGGGCAGCGAAGCCCCUCGCUAAGACGGGGACUGAUGUCAUCCUGGGCCGCCGAGCCAGGGGACCCGGGGGCCCUGGUGGCUGCCUCCGGAAGUGAGCAUGCUGCCUGCCGGCCGACAGGUUUAGAGUCUCUGGCCAGAGGACGAAAAACCUGCGUGGCAUGGGUCAGGUGAGCCGGGUCCAGCUGGGGGCUGCGGCAGGUGGCAGCCUGCCCACCGGGUCCUUCCUGUGUGCGCCCGGGAGGGGCCGCCUCCCUGAGGGACGGUGAGCACCGGGGUGCCCAGGGCCACUGCCUCUUCCUCCCCCACCUCACGGGGACCGUCACACCCGGGAGCGAGUGCUGCUCGAUUUCCCCAAGCUCCCGGUCGCAGCCGAUGCAGCCCGUGAGUGCCGCUGGGGCUGGAGUGGGGACCGCCCAGCGUGUUGACUUUACAACUCGGGCGGGUGGACUCCCGGCCCCGACCGUGACCUGCCUCCGAAUUCUCAGCGAGACCCGCAGGUGCUGCCGGCUGCUGGCUCUGCGAUGGUGAUUUCCUCCCGGUUUGGCUGAAGAGGGCUGCCGGGUUUUCUCUCCAAGCAAGCCCAGAACUUGCAGGAGCAGAAAGUAGAAAGAGGGAGUGGACCCUGGUAGUGCGAAAUUGCUUUGUCCCUCGCUCACCUCCUUCCUCCCCUCCUCCGGCCCCAUGGAUUACCUGGGAGACAAACUCACGGUGGCCCAAACCCACAUGACCCAGUGGAUGGGCACAGUGAGGAGGUCCUUCCAGGAGGCCCUCAACUUAGUGACCACCACGGUGGGCCACGAGAGGACGAGCGGGGAACCCGCCAGCCGGACCCCCUUCAAGCGCACCUCUUCCUUCCGACACCUCGCCUCCCGCAGUCGGGAAUCUUUCCGCCGCUUCUCCGCCCGCAGCCAACAGAGAUUUUCUUCCCUGAGGAAAAGGCAGACAGACUCGGAGCCACCAGACCUUACCUCCCCGAUAACUUCAGGGAAGCCCAGCUCACUGACCAGGGCUGAACUCAAAGAGAGGGCUUACUGUUUUCACAGAGGAACCUUCUGCCACCUGACAGUGUCAGCCCAGCUCAAAAGAGCCCGAAGGCAGGUGAUGGGCUAGGCCAACUCCUUCUCUGGGCUCAGCAUGGUGAUACCGUGCUGAUGGUCACGAUGGGCCCCAGCUUUGAGGGUUGGAGCCACGGGGUCCACGGGGCUCUGAGCCGGCCCUCUGCACACUUGCGGUCACUGAAAGCUCACAGCUGCCCUGACAGGUGCACGGAUUCAGCAUCCCCAGAGAGGUGUGAUGACUCUCCCAGGGUCACACAGCAAAGUAGAACAGUCUGAUGCAAACACGUGGGUCUGUGACAUGUUCUCUUGUGGGUCUGUGCUGCUUUCUAGCCCUGGAUAAAUCCGUGGGGCCUGAAUUUAUAAGACAGUUCCUCCAAACCAACCUCUGGAAGGGGUUUCUUGGGCCAGGGAGAGAGGACCUCUUAUUCAUUCUUUCUGUCUCUCUGUCUAUCUAUUUCUGUCUCUAUAUGCACGUCUGUGUCUCUCUCUUUGUUUCUGUCUCUAUGAAUGUCCCUCUCUUCCCCUCUGUGGCAGCGCAGUUAAGGGCAUGGGGUUUGGUAGCGUUCAGCUCUCUCGCCCUCAGAGCCGUGGGACCCUGGGCCCUGGCUUGAAUCGCCCCAGCCAUGUCGCCCUGCUCAUGUGUUAGCUGCUGUAUGUCCUGCCUCCCCAGCUUGCUGGAGGAAUGAAUGAAGUUAGGCUGCUCAGGGGACUUGCCUUCUCUGCUCGCUGUUGUGUCACGGUGCCUGUAGCCACGUACGUACGCGCUAAGUAACUCCGGGCCUCAGUCCCUGCCCAGAAUUUAGCAUUUGGCAUCUACUGAGUGGGGAGCACCAGCUGGUUUUGGGGUUGAGGGCUUGAAUCAGACUCUGCCAUGUCCUGGUCGAGGGAUUUUGACCCGUUAGGAGCUAGCCUCAGUUUCCUCUUCUGUGAAAUGGGGUGAACUAUGGCAUCGUGUGGAGGUUGAAACGAGCGCCGGGCUCAGUGCCAGCUACAGAGAAUGCAUGCGCUUGUAAACGCCUUCUCCCUGUUGGAUACCACGAUGUUCAGACUUGACGGGAUGGGGGAAGCCUCAGCUUCCGCAUCUGAGAAAUGGGGAUUAUCAUCACUCCGCAUUGCCAAUCCCCAUUAUUAUUAUUCACGGGCACAGAUGUGCCUGUGAAUGUGCGGCCGUGCCUAGCAUGUCAUUAGGUGUGCCUUCAAAGUCCGCCGCUGCGACAACCAGACCUUUUCUCUCCAGCCGUUCCUUCAAAGAUUCCCAGUGAACUGGAAAACCCACACAUGCCCCCUAUUACUGGGGGGCCUCACUUAAAAUAUUUGUUUUAUAGGAGGAAACUUUGUAAAGCCACAAUUACCUAAGAGCUUGGGGACAAGGAGAGUAUCCGUGCUGGGGUGGGGAGGGGAGCAGGCUUUUGGUCUUGACAACUUGGACUUGAACAUGAUUUAUCCAAAAAAUCUGCUCCGUUCCAAGUCCUGCCUCAGGCUCGUAUUUACUCAGAGCACCGUGGAAGAAUCCAUCACAGGCAUAAAGUAACCGUCAAAGGCGUGCCCUGAAAUGUUUUCUAAAGCCAGCCUUGAAAUAAUUUGCUAAUGGCUUGCCUCUGCGUCCAAGGAAUAAAAGGGGGAAAGAAGGAAAAACAAACGCAUUGUCUCUGAACGACAAAGGCAGGAAGGGACACGUUUGUACUGCAGCCCAGCGAGCCUGAGAAGGAAGCCCAGCAGACUAAGAUGGAUUCCACGUGGAGGCCAGACAGAACGUUCCAGAACCCAGGAACAAUGGCAGUGCCACAGAGGCUGAGACUGGAAUAAAAGCGGGAAGUGGGGGUCUCUAGGGUCAUGGAAUGCUCCCCAGAGGGCUCUGGAACGGGACAGACUCAAGAUCGGGUCUCAGGUCCUCCAUGUGCUGGCCGAGUGACCUUGGGCACA